AUGGAGACUGCCGAGCACGACGACCCGAAUGCAGCGCGCGAAGACGAGAUGCCGCUUCUGUUCAUGGACGAGUUGCCGGCUGAUUUUCGGCAGAACGCACAGCUUGCAGCGAUAGCGACGUUCAUGGACAGCAGUGACGAAGAAGGAGCUGUGGCAUCGACCGAUAUGUACAAUAAAACACGUCGCCGGACGUGUACGAAAAGGUCGGAAAGCAGACGAAAAGAGCCGUACAACAAGAAACCGGCGAGGGCGCACGACCGCAAGAACGUCGAGACUAGUGACACGAAAGAGCUGCAGCUGUUCCUGUCGAUGUUUCACGUCACGUGA